AUGUCCCCUGAAUUCGAAGCCCGCAUCCAAAAGGCCGUUGACGAUGGCGCCAUCGCCGGCGCGGUCCUCCUCGCGCGAGACAAGUCUGGCAAACUCAACUACACGCUCGCCCGCGGCGCCAUCAACCCGGCCUCGCCGCUGACGCCAUCAUCCACCUUUGCCCUGGCCUCCAUGACCAAGCUGCUGACCUGCAUCGCCGCGCUGCAGCUGGUCGAGCGGGGGCUGAUCACGCUCGACUCGGACGUGUCCCCUUACUUACCCGUGCUGGCCGCCCAGCCCAUCCUGCGCGGGUUCGACGCCGGCGGCGCGCCCAUCCUCACCCCACGCAAAAACCCCAUCCUCCUCCGGCACCUGCUAACCCAUUCCGCGGGGACGGCCUACCCGUUCUUGGCGCCUUCCCUCGUGCAGUGGUACAGCGCCGUGGGCAAGCCCAUGCCGGUCCCGCUGACUCCCGGGUCGGCCAAGACGGUGGACGAGCGGUUCGACUACCCCCUGAUCUUCGAACCGGGCACGUCGUGGACCUACGGCAGCGGCAUCGACUGGGCGGGAAAGCUGAUCGAGGUGCUGACGGGGCGGGACCUGGAGAGCUACCUGCAGAGCGAGGUGUUUGACAAGGUUGGGAUUGCCCCGGGCGGGAUCACCUUCUACCCGGCGCGGUAUCCUGAGAAGUCGCUGGCGCGCAUGGCGGGCAUGGGGUCGCGCAACCAGAAAAGCGGUAGAAUGGAAUACGUGGAGCCCCAGAUUGACACGCGCGAGGACAAGGAGGCGUUUGGCGGCGAGGGCGCGUACGCGUCGCUCGAGGAGUACAUGAAGGUGUUGCACUCGAUUCUGCUGGAUGAUGGCAGGAUUUUGAGUUCUGAGGGGAGCAAGUGGUUGUUUGAAGGGCUGCUGGACCCGGAAGCGAAGCAGGCGCUGGUUGAGGGCAUGAAGGACCCCGCGUGGAUCGUCGGGUGGGUGCCGACCGAUACCAACGGGGAGUACAACUGGAGCGCCGGCGGCUUGCUGGUGGAUGGAGAUAGUCAUCCGUACCGGAAAAGGGGUUUCCUCCAGUGGUCAGGCGCCUUCAACUUGAGCUGGUUCGUUGACAGGGCAGCCGGCGUGUGCGGCAUCUUCGGGACCCAGGUUCGGCCGCCGCCUGACCCACACGUGAGGCAGCUGAUGAAGGCUUUUGAAGACGAGAUCUACUCCAAGCUCUGA